UAUAUUUGGCUCACCUUCACUCUGGAUCAUAUUUGUUUCUCCCAUCAGUCGUUAUUCACCUGUUGGCCCAAUCGGUUCAACUAACAAUAAUUUUUGGUUAGACAUGUGGAACAUAGUCAUAAAGAGCCUACCUCCACUUCUUGGACACUUGCAAAUUAAUUUUACUGCUAAAAAGACCUUCUUUAAAAACCUUUUAACACAAUGACAUACUGACUGUGAAGAAACAUAGUUCUUUAAUCUUUUUAAUUAAUGACUUCCAACUAUUAACUCCUACGUGUAAAAUAACUAGAAGAUUGACAUUGACUGCCGUCACUCAAAGAACAUUGUCUCCACCAAUUGUAAAUUGUGAAUUCGACUACAUCUUAGUCCACUUACUUAUAAAAAAAGUUGAAUAAAUAAAUCGCUCUGAGGAGGGCCCAUAUCCGGGUCGAAACGUUAACUAAAAAUACGUUUACUUAGUUGACCGAUCACCAAGAUUCUGUAAUAGAUGUGUCAUUGCACCAUACAAUGAGUUUUAAUGAAAAAACUAGAAAUGAAUGAUGCUGUGUAUUUUUUAUUUUUUUUUUUGUUCAAAUAGAACAAGUCUGUUGCUGCAUUUUAUGCAGUUCAGCAAUUCAACGUUAAACUGCAUUCUGUUCACGAUAUCCAGUACGAAACUUCAUACCGUAAACCUAGAAACAGGAGCUUUGACUAUGUAUGACGCUACGCACGGCAAUUACGUGACGCAAUGUACCCUCUCCUCUGAGAUGGUAAAAGUGAUAUCACUCCUCUCUGUUCCGGGGGUUGCCAAUAUUAUGAUUGGUUUGUUGGAUAAAAAAUUAUUCUCCGUCACCUGGAAACUUGACGAAAUCACAGGCUAUCCUACAUAUAACGAAUUUGCCAAACUUGCCGAUGAAACGGUGACAUAUACUUGCGCAGCUUUGACUCAAGAUGGCCGGUACGUCAUCACUGCGGACACUGGCUGCUCUGUUACUAUUCACAGUCUUCGAAACGGGUAUAAAACAAUCAAAACGUACAAGAAAUCUGUUACUAGCCUUGAUACUCAGUGGCUAGAGAAUGAACGCUGUCACAUGAUCUGUGCCGGCAGUCGUGAUACACUUGUGCCAAUGGUCCACAGGUGGAGAUUUGACCCUACGGAGAAUCCUGUUUCUCAAAGGACAAAAAUCGAGUCGCUUAUGCAACUGAAGGAGGUCAAAUAUUCUUGUUUGAUUCUAAAAGAUUUGAAUGAUUAAAUAAAAUUAUAGUAAUCACACCGUUACCUCAGAAGCGGUGAUUUUAUACCAAGUAUUAUAAAUCUGAGGAAAUGGGAUGCGACAUUGUGAAUUAAAUACAAUAAAGUUAAUUUAAACCGAUGCCCACCGUUGUUAACGGCAGUUGUCAUCGAUUGUUAUGAACUGGUGAGAUGUUUAUUCAUUCCUCUUUGUUCAAUAACAGCCAGGUUCCUAUCCUUGAAAACCACAUCGAGGUCACCGAUGGUAUUAGUGCAGUGAUAAUGGAUUUUAUCUAAAUUAGAUGACAUUUUUUAAGCUUAUAUCUUGUCGAUAAGUGAAUUAUACAUAUAUCGAUGGCUCAGCGGAACAACAUUGCAUCGUAGAAUUUUAUUGUAAUUUAGGUUUGAUUUCAAUUUUGAGUAUAUCGAGUUAAAAUUCAGAUUGUAACAUUUCCUAAGGCUGCCCCGCAGCUGCGUGCAUGCGAUUUGAAAUUAAAAUUAUUGUUGCUGGUUCUUACAAAACGUGAUUAAGUUCAGUCAUGUGCCAAAAGAUAUUAAAUAUUUGAAUCGCGCAAUUGAGAAUAACGAUUAAUUAAUCAUCAUCAAUGAGCAAUUGACGAAAAUAAUCGAGCGUGUUAGAUAACAAGUGUAGUAAUUAAUUAUGCUCCACAAAUGAGCCAUGAUGAGGGAAAUAAAAGUUAAAUCCUAAUCGCAUUUCCGUGUUGAACAGUAUCAAUAUUUCUUCAGUAGCGAAAAAGC